AUGGGUGGCAGUGUGCUGUUGUCGGAAGCUAGGGCGCUAAAACUGGGACUUCAGCUAGCAUGGGACCGAGGAUUCAGAGAUGUUCGCUGUAAUGUGGACUGCAGUGAUUUAUUGCUGGCUUUAGUAGAUGAGGAUAGCCGCAACCUCUUCCCUAUCCUGAGUGAUAUUCAUGAAAUGAGCAGUAGAAGCUGGAAGGUGGUCUUCAAUGCGAUUAGUAGGGAUUGUAACCAGCCAGCGGAUUGGUUAGUCAAGAAGGGUGCUUCCUCUCCGUCCAUGGAUGUGUGUCUCCUGGAGUUUCCGCCGUCGGAGUUAGAGAUCCUUGUCCUGUGGGAUCGUUUAGCAAUUCCUUAG